UCCCCGCGUGCGGUCACACUGUACGACGCGUCCGACUUUUUCAUCUUGACUGCUGGAUUUUUCUAAAUUAAAAUUGCAAUCUCGAAACGAAUUAUUAUUGAUAAAAGUGCAAUGCAAUCCUCUUAGCAACUAGCAAGCUUGCUGGCAUCGAAAUAUACACCGAAACUGGCGUUAAACAAGCAUUUUCCUUCGACGAGAUGCGCGUGUGUGAGUGAAAGAAAUUCCAACAAUGCGCAGCACAAUACCAAUACACACACAAGCUGCCUGAAUUUCUUUAUUCAAAAGUGUACAAAGUGCAACGAAAAAGGGUAGCGGGUGAAAGCAAUCGGGGUUUUUCUGCUCCAGCUGCAGCUGGAAAACCUAAACUCAUCCACACAACCCAACGUGUGGCGGUUGUUGGCAUGCCGUAGUGGACAGCAUAUCAUCAACAGUAGAAGCAACGCCUCAUGGAGCCGUAUCACCAAAUCAGACAUCACUAUCCCCCCGCAAUCACAGCCAGCACUGGAGUGGUGGUGGGCAACAACUCGUCAGCAAUCAACCGGCCGGAGCUACACCAAAAAUGCAAUCGGGGCUCGCACUCUAGUGAUACCAGUUCGGCGUACAGUGGAAGCGACACAAUGACUUCCACCUAUACCUCGUCGAUGGAGGCGGAGGAUAUCGAUCUCUCCGGCCUGGUGGAGUCCACCGUGGACUCGGACGAGGAGGAUCUGGCUGAGAGCAUGGAUAGUCUUACUGUGCGCGAUGCCGUGCGUGAGUGCCUCGAGAAGGACCCGGCUGAGCGCAGCGAACAGGACGUGGAAGUGCUCCUCGACUUUACACAGGGACUGAAAGCUUUCACCAAUAUCACCCUGGCCGUGCGACGAGCGCUCUGCUCGGUAAUGGUGUUUGCCGUAGUGGACAAGGCCGGCACCGUAGUCAUGUCUGAUGGCGAGGAACUGGACUCUUGGUCGGUGCUCAUUAACGGCGCCGUGGAGAUCGAGCACGCGAAUGGUAGCCGCGAGGAGCUACAAAUGGGCGACUCUUUUGGCAUCCUGCCUACCAUGGACAAACUCUACCACCGAGGAAUCAUGCGCACCAAGUGCGACGACUGUCAGUUCGUAUGCAUAACGCAGACGGACUAUUACCGCAUUCAGCACCAAGGCGAGGAGAAUACGCGGCGGCACGAGGACGAGAACGGACGCGUGGUCAUGGUCACGGAGCUGCGGUCCAUUGGAGGCGGGAUAACUGAGACAACUGGAGGCAGUGGUGGACCGGCAACGGGAAUGUCAGCCUUGCCGAAUGUUAAGCGCGGCCACGUUGUUAUCCGUGGAACACCAGAACGACUGCUGCAACAGCUGGUCGAGGAGAACUCGGUGACGGACCCCACCUAUGUGGAGGACUUCCUGCUUACGCAUCGUAUCUUUAUCCAAAACCCCAAGGAGGUGACUAGCAAGCUGCUGCACUGGUUCGAUCUGGAGCAGUUCGAUGCACACAAGACGCAGGAGCUACGGGAUCGCGUAACUCGCGUGGUGCUACUCUGGGUGAACAAUCACUUCACCGAUUUCGAGGCGGACCACGAAAUGAUGGCAUUCCUGGAGAUGUUCGAGGCCCUGCUGGAGCGCAAGAAGUUACUCAGCCAACUCCGGCUAUUGCACAUCGCCUGUGCCGCCAAGGCGCGCAUGCGUAGUUGCACUCUCACCCGAUCCUCGCGUGACGAGCCGCUCAACUUCCAAAUUGUGGGCGGCUAUGAGUUGCGACCUGUGGUCGUUGCCACCGGCAGCCCAGCCGUAGGCAUCUACAUUUCGCAGGUUGAAUCGGGCUCAAAGGCCCAGGAUGUGGGUCUCAAGCGCGGGGACCAGAUUCACGAGGUCAAUGGUCAGUCCCUGGACCAUGUAACAAGCAAACGGGCUCUAGAGAUUCUCACUGGCACCACGCACCUGAGCAUUAGCGUGAAGAGCAACCUACUCGGCUUCAAGGAGGUAAUGCUGGCCCUAGAACACAGCAGUGGAGCGACCGGAGCUGGGGGUCUGUCCGCGACCAGUGCCAGCUUCAAGUCAUUGCGAAGCCCACGUCGCAUUUGCGCCAGCGACAUAGCGGCGUUGCACGGUCGCUCGGAGAGCGCCGGCAAUGACCUCUCCCUUGCCAAUGCCUCUAAUCGGGCCUACAUGGUGCGACUCAGUUCGGUGGAUAUGUUACUCGACCAACCCGACUGUGCUCCGCCGCAAACGCCGCCGGUGAGUGGAGGCGGCGGCAAUAUGGCAGCUAAUUUUAUGCAGCAGCUCCUUCAAAGCGUCAAUAACAGCUCAGCGAAGAAGGGCUCGGGAACGGGAUCCGGCUUCAACUCGGAUCAGCAAGACACGAAGGGCGGCGGCUUCAUGACGCUGGGUCCCAAGCGACGCUUGCAAAAAGCCUUGGCCAAAAUGAACCUUCUCAACAAGCAGCACCACGUUGGCAGUCUAAACGACUCCUCGGACACUUUGCUGAAUGAGCCCAAGCCAUCGAAGCUCUCUGCGGCGGCGAGCUCAGGCAGCAGCAGCUCCACCCAGUCGUCCAUUAACGGAUGUGCAAACAGCGGCAGUGGCGGCCGCCUCUACCAGUCACAGUCAAACCCCGACCUCACCAGCCUCAACUACGAUGCCAGCAGCGAUGCGGGAGGCGGAACGCUGAACGUGAAUUACCAAGCUGCCCACAUCCAUCGACCGUCGGCAGCCAGCACGUUGACUACGAACUCUACGCACCUGCUACCGGACUAUCCUGAGCACGUGCUGAAGGUAUACAAAGCCGACCAGACGUGCAAGUACGUGCUCAUCUACAAGGAGACGACGGCCCACGAGGUGGUGAUGCUAACCCUGCAAGAGUUCGGCAUCCACGAUCCCAGCUCGAACUUCUCGCUUUGCGAGGUAAGUGUGGGCGAAGGCGGCAUGGUGAAACAGCGUCGUCUGCCGGAUCAACUGCAGAACCUGGCGGAGCGGAUCAGCUUUGCGGCACGCUACUACCUCAAGCUGAACGACAGCACGGAGCCACUGGUGCCGGACGAACUGGCCUUGGAACUGGUCCGCGAAUCUGGUGUACAUUUUCUGCAGCUAAAUGCCUACGAACUGGCGAUACAGCUCACGCUACAAGACUUUGCCAAUUUCCGGCAGAUCGAGUCCACCGAAUACGUGGACGAGCUGUUUGAGCUGCACUCGCGCUACGGAGUGCCAAUGCUGAGUAAGUUCGCCGAGCUGGUCAAUCGAGAGAUGUUUUGGGUGGUGAGCGAGAUCUGUGCCGAGCACAAUAUCGUGCGCCGCAUGAAGAUCGUAAAGCAGUUCAUUAAGAUCGCGCGCCACUGCAAGGAGUGCCGUAACUUCAACUCGAUGUUUGCCAUCGUCUCGGGCCUGGGACACGGCGCCGUUUCACGGCUAAGGCAGACGUGGGAGAAGCUUCCGUCGAAGUACCAGCGGCUAUUCAACGAUCUGCAGGACCUUAUGGACCCCUCACGCAACAUGAGCAAGUACCGACAGUUGGUGUCCGCCGAACUGCUCGCCCAGCACCCCAUCAUUCCGUUCUAUCCCAUCGUGAAGAAGGAUCUCACCUUCAUCCACCUGGGCAACGAUACUCGCGUCGACGGCCUGAUCAACUUCGAGAAGCUGCGCAUGCUCGCCAAGGAGGUGCGCCUGCUGACGCACAUGUGCAGUUCGCCCUACGACCUAUUGGCCAUUCUGGAGCUCAAGGGCCAGUCUCCCUCGAGCGCUCUCUUCUCGCUUAACCAGAUGUCCGCUUCGCAGAGCAAUGCUGCCGCCGGCUCGGUGAUAGCAGCCAAUGCCGGCCAAGCGACCAUCAAGCGGCGUAAAAAGUCAGCGGCAGCUCCCAAUCCCAAGAAGAUGUUUGAGGAGGCGCAGAUGGUGCGUCGUGUGAAGGCGUACCUCAACAGCCUGAAGAUACUCAGCGACGAGGAUCUGCUGCACAAGUUCUCGCUGGAAUGCGAACCGGCGCACGGUUCCACCUACUCGGGCAGCAUCUCGCACGGCAAUACAUCGCACCGGAGUGGUGGCGGCGGCAGCAUUAGUGGUGGCGCCGGUGGAGGCGGAGCGGGCAGCUCUAGCCUCAAUGCCGGCGAUCAACUUAGCAUAUACUCGCACACCAGCUCAAGUUCGGCCCCGAACUCGUCCCUAUCGCUGCGCAAGCGGCACCCCAGCUCGCCCACGCUCUCAACCACUAGCUCGACCAGCUCCACCAGCGAUCACCAGAGGCGUCAGAUGCAAAACAACGGACCCAAGUUCGGCACAGCAUCUCCGCAGGCCGUUAAGAAGAUGCUGUCGCUAUCGGAGUCUUCGAAGAUCAGGCCUCACCAACCAUUCGUGCCGCGCCACGGCUUGCAUCAUAUGCAAACAGCGCAUGGCUUCAUAGCACCAGUAAACGCGGGGGGAGGGGCACCGGUAGGAGUGGCCACCACCUCACCAGCAGCCACCGCCGCCAAUAUCCAGUGCACACCGAGUCCUAGUCCGUGCUCCCAUCGUCGCCUGGCCUCGGCAGGCAAUAUAUUACCCACACGGGCCAUCCACGAGCGGUCGCACUCUGACACUCCGGCCACGCCGCCACCGCCCUUGCCGUCUGUGGAUCUUUCCCUCGAAAGCAGUAGCGUGACUACAUUUCGCGAUUUACCCCUUCGCAAGUCCAUGACUUCCGGUUCCAUAUCGUCGUGUGAUAGCGGCUAUGUGCAUCAGCAGCAGCAACAGCAUCACCAGCAACAGCAGCACAGUACCAUUCAGUACCAACAGCAGAGCAACAUGCAACACGAGCCAUUGCCGCCAGUAUACACGGCCGCCGAUUGCCGGCUGCUACAGCAAAUAUCGAAUAAUGCUGUGACCCGCAACCUGAACAAUACUCCCUGCCAGAGCACAAACAACACACCACCCAGCACACCUACACCACCACUGACCCCACAGCCAGCAACCAUUCAGCUUUCUGCACCGCCGACGGCAGCAGCAUACUUGCACAUGCGCAGCCAGCAACAGCAGCAGCAGCAGUCUCUGGCAAUGCCGCCUCCGCCCCCACCGCCGUACAAUGUGCCUCCGAUGGUCAAUGUAUAUAAUAGCCAUCAUGCCCCCAGUGCAGUGGGCAGUAGGCAUCUGAACCACAUGCACGGUGGCCAGCCAAAUUUUAUGGAUAUCACCAAGUGUACCAUAUGCCCCAUGCCACCAAUGAAUCAAUAAUAAAUCAAAUUGUGCUGUCUUAACUGCUAAAUGUUAAUUUAAUUAGUUCUUAAAGAGUUGCCAAAAUUUGUGAAUGGUUGUGGUUUCCAAUUCAUCAUAAAAUCAAACACAGGCAGGAUCCCAUAUCAAAUGCCUUUGCCCUUCAACGGAACAAACUGAAAAAAAAACCAACUGGACUCAAUGUGCGCCGCUUAGAUGUAUUUAUGAUGAGGAUUAGGGUUCUAUGAUUUACAUACGUCUUAAUUUAGUCAAAUUCUGUGUACCCAUUUUCUUCCCGCUUAGUAGUAGCCUUUUCUCUAAGAAGAAAAUGUCUGCAGGCAGACCCCCACCCUCUAAGCAGACUCGAAUAAAACUCUUUUGAGUUUUCUCCGGCAUUUCUCUGAAGCAUUUCGAUGCCCAGCAGCACAACAGAGAGACCAAGUUUAGUUGUCUCGUAAAUUUUAUAAAUUUAGGUUACUAUAUACACACUAAUACAUUAACCGUAUAAAUAUACCGUUGAAAACCUUCGCUCCAAUUCCAAA